GGAGGACACGGCGCUGUCAUUGGUUGUCAAGUUUGUUUUGGUUUUCCUCAGUUUUGUUGCAAAUACGCCCUGAAAUCGUAAAUGUUCUGCAGAAAUAGUGUAUAGAUUGGUGUUCAAGAGAGGUGUUCACGAUGACGAGGAGCUACUCGAGGAGUCCCGCACGGCGGAGUAGAGCUUCGCACAGAAGAGCCUCUCCGGAUGACGAUAGAAAGUAUCAUCAGGGAAAAUCGAGGUCAGGAAGACGCUCUCGGAGUCGCAGUUACAGCCCGGAAAGAAGGGGUUCCAGCUGGCGGAACGCCGACCACUAUCGUGAGCGGAGUCAUCAUCGCCACGCGAAUGGGGAAAAUCGUCACAGACAGAGGGAAAUGACGGAGUCUUCCCGGCCGGGAAGGGAGAGAAGUGACUCUCCGAAGCGUGUGAAGGAGUAUGUGGAGCGAUGGCCCAGCGACAAGUACUAUGAGACCAAUGAUCCACGGAAUCGCGCUGACAGGAGCCACUCGAAGUCCAGCAAAAAGGCUCCGAUGGACGAAUUGUUCAAGACGCGACGCGUGCAGAGGGAGAUUAUUGGAUCCGAAGGAGCUGAAGUGGUGUGGGCAGCUUCUCCGGCGCGCUCAGAGACGUUCUCCGAUGACGAAAGCAAGUGGCACGAGGAGGAGCAGUCGCCCAGUGGGCAGAAGAAGGGGAAGAAGAAGUCUAAACUGAAGGAGAAGAAGGCAAAGAAGAAGCAAAAGAAGAAAAAAGCGAAGAAGAAGGCGAAGAAGCGGAAGAAGGCUGACUCCUCCGAGGAGAGCAGUUCAGACGGGGAGGAGGAGGAUGAGGAGGACGUGUGGGUGGAGAAGACGGCCACGGCGGGCAAGGAGAAGACGCUGCAGAAGGGCGAGGAAGUGGAGGAAGUUGGCCCGGCGAUAAAGUCCAACUCUUCGCUGACGCAGAAGGACUUCGGACACGCCCUGCUGCCCGGCGAAGGUGCCGCCAUGGCGGCGUACAUUGCCGAGGGCAAGAGAAUUCCGCGGCGAGGAGAAAUCGGCCUGACGUCCGAGGAGAUUGCCAACUUCGAGUCUGUCGGAUAUGUCAUGAGUGGCAGCCGGCACAGGCGGAUGGAGGCUGUCCGGAUACGGAAGGAAAAUCAAAUCUACUCGGCGGACGAGAAGCGCGCUCUGGCGAUGUUCAGCAAGGAGGAAAGGCAGAAGCGGGAGAACAAGAUUCUCUCCCAAUUCCGCGACAUGGUCAACUCGAAGCUCAAGGGCGAUCAGUAGAGCGAACUGUGUUGAAUGUAUUCUAUAUCUGCUUUGUAAAAUAUACAAGGGGGAGAUAAUAUGCAUUAAAUCUGUACACCACUUCCGAACA